AUGAUCAGUCAUAUUACUGAUCGUAAUCCGCUUGAUUAUAAUGGUUAUGGAUGUCACUGUGGUUUGGGUAGUAAAGGUUCCAAGGUAGUUGAUGCUACUGAUCAAUGUUGUGUUGCUCAUGAUUAUUGUUACAAUAGUGCAUGGUACGAUUAUGAUUUUGUUACAAACGAUAUUCUAUGUACUGAUGAAUUAGGAACAGUUGAUCGUGCAGCAUGUGAAUGUGAUAGGCAAGCAGCAUUGUGCUUUCGCUCCUCACCUUAUAACCCAGCUUAUAAGGACUACCCAGCAAAUCAAUGUUAA